AGGCGGGACCCAACAUGGCGGCGUCCACGGGGGCCUGGAGGAACCGCUCAUGUCCGCCAACGGAGCCUUAUGGGGGCGCGUGCGGAGCCGUCUCCGAGCCUUCCCGGAGCACCUGGCGACCUGCGGGGCUGAGGUCUCCCCUCAGGCUUCGGCGUACGGCAGGUGCGUGCAGGCCUCCACAGCCCCCGGAGGCCGCCUGAGGAAGGACCUUUGCGUGCGCGAGUUCGAGGCCCUGAGGAGCUGCUUCGCCGCCGCGGCCAAGAAGACCCUGAUGGGAAGCACCUAACUAAGAAGGGCUGUGGGCACAGGUGCCUUGUCCUGAUGGCACACAGUGAAGAGCUCUGGGAACUGAAAGAAGGUCUGGGCGGUGAAAUUCCUGGUGUUUUUGUUUGUUCUCAGCUUGAACCUUGGGCAGCACAGGGUUUGUUUACCAGCAGUGUGUAUGUGUGAGGAUCUGGAUUCCAUCAAGAUGUAACAGAAACAGCAAUGAAGGUUAUUUAAUCCAA